AAAACAAGUUUACGCGCUCCGCAUUUCCCACGCUUAGAGCCAGGCUGGGAAAUAAGGCAGGGCCUUAACAGGGGCACCGGUGGGCGGGACCGCGGCAGGAGGAGCGGCUCUCCGCCUCGCCACGCCAACUACAAUCCCCGCCCCAAGCCGGCAAAAUAAGAGAGCGGGGAGGGGUUGCCGCUUGCCUCUCGCUUGCUCUUUCGCCUGCUCAGCGUCGCGGGCGGCGGGAGCGAGGCCCGCAGGCCCCGACCGGCAUCCUGGACCGCAGGUUGUUGGAUUCUUACUUAAAAUGGAAGUUGACAUUAAUGGAGAGGCCAGAUCUAUGCUAGCCCCCCUCCCCUUGCCUAUCGCUGAAGUGAGUGCUACAAGCAAAACAGACAACGAGAAACCUCGCUGCUCCAGCACCCCAUGCUCACCAAUGCGCCAAACUGUUUCAGGUUACCAAAUCCUCCACAUGGAUUCUAAUUACUUGGUUGGCUUCACUACUGGAGAGGAGCUCCUGAAAUUAGCUCAGAAGUGCACUGUAGAAGAACAGAAUAAAGUUGAAAUGAUAGGGCCUACUUUGCGCUCCAAACAGCUUGAUUCAGGACUUUCUCGUUCUUCCCGAGUGUGCAAAGCCAGAAGCAGAUAUUACCAGCCUUAUGAGAUCCCAGCGAUCAAUGGCCGUAGAAGACGACGGAUGCCCAGCUCAGGGGAUAAAUGCAGCAAGCCACUACCUUAUGAACCAUACAAGGCAUUUCAUGGUCCUUUGCCUCUCUGCCUUUUCAAAGGUAAAAGAGCUCACUCAAAAUCCCUAGACUACCUCAAUUUAGACAGAAUGAACAUCAAGGAACCGGCUGAUACAGAAGUGCUUCAGUAUCAGCUCCAGCACCUCACCCUGAGAGGGGACCGUAUGUUUGCUAGGAACAACACAUGAACAUAAACCAUCAUUCGUUCUUCACUGCAUCAAGAUUGUCUAUACAAUGUAGGCAAUCAUGCACUUGGUACCUGGUUGGAUCAGAAAAGUGUUUUCUUAGAUCAUAGCAUAGGAAGAUGAGGUGUAUGUUUGUGUGUAUGUUUGUGCAUGUGUGUGCGUGUGCAGAUGCGUGUGUGGAAACUACAUGGAAAGAGGAAAGAGUACUGAAAAGUUCUGACAAGAAAUUUAUUUGGAAUAGUGUAACGAAACAAAACGUUUUGCACAUGGAUACCUGAAAUUUAUGGCAAUUUAACACUCAAAAAUUGAUGUAAUGUGAAUUAUGUUUCUGACUGAGCUUGCUGUAAGAAUUUACUCAUGGAGAAGCACUGAAAUAUAUUAUUUAAUAUUAAUCAUAUGUGCAUAUGCAAUGAGUUUUGCAUUAUAGGACAAAAUGUUUCACUAAAACCAUGUGUUCUUUAAAAUAAUCCAGUUUGUACUCACUGUAGCUGGAUUUGCACUGGCAACAAAAGAAAAAAAUUGCUAAUGAAAUUAAGCCUCAGUACUUUACAUUACUAGAGCUGACUGUUUUUAAAUGUAUAAUUGAAUUACUACUUGCAUUUCAAACUAAUUUCAGUGUAAUUUUUUAAAAAAAAUCUUAAAAUGUGUUUUGAAGAAAAAAAUAUUGAAAGAACACUGACUUUAAUUUUGUAUGUUUUUUUAAAUAAUUAUCUUAACACAGAAAACCUUUAUAGUGUGUAGUGUAUGUAUGAAUAUAUAUGUAUAAAUAUAUAUACACAUAUACACACAUGCACACAUGCACAAAUGUGGAAAACUGCAUUUGCAUUUGUGAUAUUCAGCAUUUAGAGUUGACAGUAACAGUACUAUGUAGGUAUGAUGGGAGGUUGUUAUGACAUUUUAGCACUGCAUUGGAACAUUCCAAUUUAUUUACAGCACUGAUAAUUAUAACUUUGUCUUGUUUUGUUUUUCUUGAAAAGCCUUUCAGGCUACAACUAAAUUAUUAAUUUCUCCAAAUGUACUAGUGUAAAUCAUCUCCAAACAAAUCAUAUUUUACAUUUUAAUAUUAUUAUUGUUACUCUCUUUUAAGAUAUGCUGCUUAUUAUUGAAAGAGUGUGCAAUCAUGUUAUGUUCUUGAACUGUAAGUUAUUUAGAAGUGAAAGCUUAACUCUUGUGGAUACAGUAAGGAAUGCUUAAAUUGUUUAUGAAACCGAGCCUUUUUAAAACCAUUCCUUGCACAGAUUUGAUUUACUUGGAAAAGACUCGUCUCUUAAGAAAGAAUACAGAGAGCAUAUGCUUUGAAAGCAUAAGGGUUGUCUCUUCUUUGACAUCUUGUACAAAAAUUGUGCUCAACUGGCAGUGCAUAAACUAUGGAUCAGGUUUGUUUCACUUGAGAAGAUGCUUGAAAUUUUUACAAGUUGCACUGCUGUAUUAUAGUGAAAAAUGAUUCCCUAAGUAACUACUUUGCAUGGCCUUCUAGUGUAAACAGAAGAGUACUGUCCAAUGCCAAAGAAAGGAUUUUUACAUUUAUUGAUUAAACAUAAAUAAUAAAUAUUAAUUGAUUUUAUCUAUGAAGCAACAUUGACUAGAAAAUAAAAGGGUUAUAUCCAUACUUUUCUAUGGCCCUUGGUAUGUGUUGCUCUUUUAAAAACCUGGAAAGGAAAUCUGCCUGAUUAUAUAUCAUUUUACAUUCUUUCCUAAAAAUGUACAUGUAUAAAUGUUACAUUGAUUUUAUAUAUUUUCAUAUAUAUUGUAGACCCUGACACACGAAAGGAAUUUAGUUUACAUAUUUCAGAAACUAUGACAUGGAAUCUACUACACAUUUAAUAUUCAGAGAACUGCUAAAAUCUAGUCAUUUUCCUUGCCAUUGUAAUAGCAGAAACAGGUGCAUUUGCCUACAGCUCACUUUAUAAUGGAGGUUUCUCUGUGAUUUUCUUUUUAUCUGAGAAAAAAUUGCCCAUUGGAAACAAAUAGCCAUGGUAUAUGCAUGAAUCUGUUCUUGUUAUGGUGUGCAAUGAAUAACUGCAUUUUGGGAGAUAGAUAAUACAUAUAAGAGAAGCCUCACAUUUGUUAUUAUAAAGUUUGCUUAUAAAGUAAACGAUUGGCCUCCCUUUAUGUGACUUUUGACCUAUUUUCUUGAAAAAAAAAUUAAUUUUUUUUUUAUUUUAAUUUCUAAAAGUCUCUGCAACUCUUAAGUCAGUUCUCUGGCAAUUUAAUCAGCCCAUUGCUGACACUCUAUGGGAUAAAAGUGGGAAAAUACAAAUUUGACAUGUUUUCCCUACUAUUUUUAAGAAUUGUUCUAAAAGUUAUUUAAGCUAUAGCGCAUCAAUUUCUUGUCUUGUACAAAAAUGUAAUUUCAGUGAUUGAAUUCAUUGCUUGGAGUUUGCUCUUUUAUUAUUAAUUGUUUUAAAGAAUUUUUGAGAGGGGCAACAUAUGCUUUUAAUGCUAAAUUAAUGCAUUCAUUUUAUUAGAUAAACUUACCUUGAAUUGCAUAUUGAAUGAUGACUUACCAAGAAAGUAAAACCUGAAUGGAAAAUUAUGACCUGAAGUUUUUUUACCAAGUAGUCAUUCAUUGAGUUCGGUACUUUUAUAUGUGGAUUUUUACAGACUAAUCACAGGCAUAUACUAGAUACAUAGAGAGCAUGCUUUGUUACCCCUUCCAUGUGGGCUUCUUCUCUUCUUGAUUCCCACAAAACAUUAACAAACUAUUGAAGUAUACUAGGAAUAUGGAUUUUUCUCUUCUACAGCAGGAUUUCUUUAUAAAAAAAUUUUUUUUUACCUAAGUAAAAGAUAUUCAUAAAACGGAGGUGGAAUGAUGAGGAAAUUCAUCCCAUCCCAGUAUCUGGCAAAGUUUGAAAGUGCUCUUCAUCAGAGAUAGGAGCUUUUGUGUAACUUGGUCUGCUUUAUACUUUGCCAAAUUAGAGAGUGGAGUGGUGACCUUGAUCAAAUAUAAGUUACCUUUAUGGCAAAGGCAAAGAAACCCCCAUUAUUCUCAACAUAUGAGCACUAUUCUCUUGCAUUGAGAGGGGGAAGCAAAUGCUAGAGAUUUUUGAAAUGUUGCUAACUUCUAAAUUAUUUUUAAAAUUCCAAAAUUUUAAAUAAAUUUUAAAACUGUUUUUUAAACG